AUGCAGGGUCACGGGCUGACUUACGCCAGAUCGCCCAAAACACUACUGGAUAAGAACAGAAGGGUAAUCGUCGUUCUAGCUGGUCAACCACAGGAUGACGGCUGGCAGCUUACAACAUCCCAAGCCUGCGCUGCAAUGGAGAUUGCACGGGAACGUUGCACCUUCAAGCUAUCUGAUACCCAUCACCGGCGGGGAUUCUACCCAUGCCUGGGUGUUGGAGUCUCAUAUGGGGGUGGUCAACAGGAGCCGGACAAUCUUCAACACUCCAACAGAAACCAAGAGGAGCUUCGGGCACUUCUGUCUGAACCAACCAUUCAAAGGUUGGCAGGUUUUGGUAGUAGCAUACUUUGUCAUUAUGCACCCAAGGUCCAUAGGGUGUAUACUGACACCAAAGCAUCUCUCAAGAGUAUGCACGCGCAUCUCACGUGGAAUUUUCGUAAUAGUGUUUUUGCUGCUGCCACGUUCAAUCUUGGACCCGCCACCGUCACCUUUGAUCACACCGACAAUGUAAAUUUUGCCAGUGGGAUGUGUAGCAUUACUGCCCUAGGAAAUUUCGACCCAAUCACUGGCGGCCACUUGGUCCUGUUUGACCUUGGACUCAUCAUCCAAUUUCCGCCCGGUGCCACCAUUCUGAUCCCCUCGGCCAUUCUACGGCAUGGAAACAUCCCUAUUUCUUCGCUGGAGAAAAGGUUAUCUUUUACUCAAUAUUUUGCAGGGGGUCUCGUCAGAUGGGUUGAGUAUGGAUUCCGCACAGAAAAGGCUUUUAAGCAGCAAAGUCCUGAGGCAUGGCGUGAAGCCCAAGUUCAGCGCCUGACCCGUGUUGAGCACGCGGCUCGGUAUUUUUCGAUUUUCGAGGAGUUGGAAAAGGACCAUAGUGAGUAUACACUAUGA